AUGAGGUUAAAUUUGGUUUUUGCUUUCGUUUUUCUGUGUACUGGAUGUAUUCUUGCAAGCGUUAAUGAAGAUAAUGAACAUAAGGUGCUUGUGAGAAGGUUAAAGUUUGACGGCACUUCUCCAGGAGUUAGUUUGAACUUGCCUAAGGAUGUCAAUAUCGCUGUGCAUUUUACUAAAUUAGCCGAGAAGUUGACGGAUAAGGAGUUUGCUAAUUUCGAGCUGGAAUCCUCGUUAGGUUAUGAUUUGGAAGAUAAUGUAGGGAUAGAAGAAGAUGUGCAGGAGAAUUUGGGUAUUUCUCUUCCGUCAUUUGAUACGCCGAAUGAGUUUUUUGGUGAAUCACUUUGCAUCUCAAACGCUGAUAAUUGCGCAACCCCCAAGCCUACAAAUGAAGCACCCGUUGCGCUUUCAGAUCUUGAGAUUCCAAUUCUGCGACCAGAAGCAGCAGGUAUAGCCUCUGGAUCAAUGAAAAGUGGUAAUCUAUCAUUUACAACUUCCAAUUCUAUUUUCAGAACUACAACCGCGCAUGAGUUGGUCACUCCGUCGUCUGUACCGAGUAUUCAAUCUGAGAACACAUACUGUAAAUACUCGCAGCAAGAUUUAUCUGCUGAACAGAUAGGCCCGGUUAUCUUAUAUACUGAUGUUAAAGAUGAGGUUGCUCAACCUUCACCGACUUGCUCCGAUAAAACGAGCACUGCGGAUGCCAACCUGUCGACCUUACAGAAAGUCACUUUAACCGGAAUUACUCCAGAUGAAAUCGAUUCCUCAUCAAAAAAAUAUAUCCCCACCGAGGUAGAUAUAAGCCCGAAAAGUAUUAGCACCACUGAGGAGUCUAAGUCUGUUCAAGAGGCAGCAACUGUGCCGAAGAACGCAGCGCUUGAUGGCUAUUCAGUUAUAAAUUUAUCUUCGUCCGUAUAUGGACCCAAUAAAAGCUAUAACGUACCUCCGUUAUUAAAAAGUGGACUGGAGCACCUACCUGAAGAAGUUAAAAACCCAAAUCAGCCGGCAGAAGCCCGGAGAAGAUCCCAAAACCUUUUAUGGGCUGCAAAAAACAAUAUGAAAGGUAAGUUGCCUACUUCUGGGGAAGAUGCAGCUCCAUAUUACCAGAACCCUACAUCUGAAAAUUUUGUUUCUGCUCAAAAUGUCGUAAAAAUAGCUCGCCGUAACGAUGCCCCCAAAGACCCAAUAAUUCCUGACGUUUCUGUGACGUUUUCUCUGGGCUUUUCAUUGGAUGUUAGUCCACCAGGACUGGUAACUAAUAUUUUGCCUUCACUUCCUGUCCCGCAAUUAGAACUGAUUAAUAGCCCUUCUCCUACUGGUAAGCUCACGUCAGGACAUAAUCGAAAACAAAAAUCUCCUUCUCCUUCUCCUUCUCCUUCUCCUUCUCCUUCUCCUUCUCCUUCUCCUUCUCCUUCUAUUACUCCUAUAUUAACACCAGAACAAGGCUCUCCACCGGUUAUCCCUGAGCAGACCAGAUCUUCGAAUUCUUACCCUUCCCCUACACCGGCAGUUGUUUCUGACGCACCUAAUUCCAUAUUUCCAAAUGGUGUUGAUGGCCCUGACCCUCAAUCAAUUUACCCAAGUAGCGCUGAUAAGUCCGAGGAUCUCGUAUUAUCAAGCUCAAGUAUCGAUAAGGACAAGGACAUAAAAUUUAAUAAGCAAGAUGAAAAGGGCACGCCUGUCCCAUUAAUUUCACCAGAUGAUUCAAAGAGCUCUAAGACGAAGUCCAAAGCUAAUCUAACACUGGUACCUAAUGCUGGAAGUCUAGAUCCCUCAUUGUCACCGCUAACACCGUCCCCAACACCGUCAUGGUUACCACCAUCAGUACCAACACCAACACCUACAUUAUCAGAGUCGUCGACACCGACACCGACACCGACACCGACACCUACAUCAUCACAGUCGUCGACACCUACACCACCACUAUCAUCAUCUUCACCAUCUUGGUUACCAUCAUCGUCUUUACCAUCUCCAUCAUCAUCUCCAUCAUCAUCUUCAUCAUCGUCUCCGUCAUCUCAACCAUCACUACAACCAUCAUAUUCACCGUCACCAUCAUCUCCUCCGUCAUCUCAACCAUCAUGGCUACCGUCAUCAUCUUUACCAUCGUCAUCUGAACCAUCAUCAUCUCAGCUAUCAUCAUCUGAACCGUCAUCAUCUCAGCCAUCACCAACUCAGCCAUCAUCAACUCAACCUUCAUCAUCUCAGCCAUCAUCAAUUCAACCAUCACCAACUCAACCAUCACCAACUCAACCAUCACCAUCUCAGCCAUCAUCAACUCAACCUUCAUCAUCUCAGCCAUCAUCAACUCAACCUUCAUCAUCUCAGCCAUCAUCAACUCAACCAUCAUCAUCUCAACCAUCACCAUCUGAACCAUCACCAUCUCAGCCAUCACCAACUCCAUCUCAGCCAUCAUCAACUCAGCCAUCAUCAACUCAGCCAUCACCAACUCAGCCAUCAUCAACUCAACCAUCAUCAACUCAACCAUCACCAACUCAACCAUCACCAACUCAACCAUCACCAACUCAGCCAUCAUCAACUCAACCAUCACCAACUCAACCAUCAUCAUCUCAGCCAUCAUCAUCUUUACCAUCUUGGUUGCCUACAUCACCAUCAGAAUCCGAUUUACAAUCAUCGAAAUCUAAGUCACUGUCGAAAUCAAUAUCAUCAACAACUUCAUCCUCUUCAAGCUCGCUUUUACCUGAAUCUGAUUUACAAGUAUCACCAUUAUCACUAUCUUCAUCCUCUUCAUCCUCUUCAUCCUCUUCAUCACCUUCAUCACUUUCGUCACCACCAUUAUCUCAACCAUCCUCACCUCCACUAUCACCAUCUGCAUCGCCAUCAGAAUCACGAUCGCCAUCGCCAUCGCCAUCGCCAAUACCAUCACCAACCUCGUUAUCAUCUGCUGAAUCAUCAAGUCGACCUAUAUCGCCAAUAAGUCCUCCUUCUAUUGCAAGUGUAAGUUCGACAAUAGAUGUCUUAAACUCUUCAACAGCAAAGCCUUCAGAUUCGAGCGGAGUUGUGCCUCAGUUAUCAACCUUCUCACCAUCCUCUGGUUCAGAUAAUUAUACUGGUUUACCAUUAUUGUCUUCGUCUUCAAUUCCUUCUAUGUCAAAAGCUACUGUUGAUACAACUUCAGUCACUAGUAUUUCCGAACCAGCAAUAGAAUCUUCUUUGCGCUCGAGUAUACAAUCUAGAUCGAUGGAUCCUGUCAUCACUUUAAGACCGUCCUCCUUACAGUCUAUUAGUGAAGGUUCCUCACCUAGCCUGACUUCUACAUCAUUGUCCACUACAGAAACAGCUCCUGCGCGGAGUGGUGAACCUUUUAUUACGAGUUAUUCAAGUUCAAUUGAAUCAACAUUAGGUAAUAUCAAUGGUAUGUCAUCUGAAUCCUUAAGUUAUGUCGGCACAACUAUAUCUCCAUCUUCCAAAUGUACUGGAAAAUGUGGAACUAGCGAUGAUACAGUUUCAACAACAAGUAGUCAAGAAGCUAUUAAAACAGGUUGGUUGCCGUCUGUAAUUGUUACAGAAUCUGCGAGCCCGAGUAUGACAGUACCCGAUGACUCAGCGACUUCAACUCCUUCAUUAUUACCAGAGGCUAUAACACCAUUAACAAGGGUUAACCAACCUCCUGGUUAUGAAAAGAUCACCAUUGGAUUUAGAAGGGGUCUAAACUAUGCUUUUUUGGUUACAGCGCCAGUAGCUUCUGCUCAAAUUUUCAAUUUUCUACCUUUCGUGCUCAGAUACCCGUUUCUCAUGCCUGAUCAGGCCAAAGUACAACUUGCUGAAAUUAAAGCAUUAGAAGCUUCCAAGUCACUGACUUCAGAUCUUGGUGAUUAUGCCCUGCCUAGUAGAAAGAAUUCAGUGAAUUCAGUCGAACCAGCAUUGGGGGAUAGAAGUAUAAUGGAAAAUGGAUUUCAAGCCAAGAGACAUAGUCCUGAUUUCUCUGAAAUUGUAGUUGUUCGCAUUGUUCCGUUUCAGUAUUCCGGAUAUAUUGCAUCCGUUGCAGAGGUUUAUUUCCCUGAGGAAGCCAUAAAAGAGUUACAAACAUUGAUCCUAGAUGACAAUUCCAUUUUAUAUAACAUUCCAGAUCCUACACUACGUCAAUUGGCAAAGCUUAUAGACCCUUCUAUUGCAAUUUAUCAAUUUUCAAGUAACUCUGUCCCUGGUUCACCUAAACCGCUUCCCGUUCUGCCAACUGCACAUAAUAAUACCUCAGACGAUACUACUAUCGAUGGCAACGGUGCAUUGGAAUUACCUCCCUACGUCCCAAUAUCUCCCAGUAUUUCAAAACGUCUAGCGAUAUUUUUACCUGUCUUUACUGUAGCGAUUUUAAUCUGGAUUUUGAUCGCAUUAUAUUCUUUAAGAAGAAUGUACAGGAUAAAAAAAGUUAGGAACUACAUUGCGCUUUCAGAGAAGCAGAUACCUCCCACUCUUGGUUAUUUUUAUAACCAUCAGUUUAAUAGUUGUUUGAGUGAUCUCAGAGUUCCGUUUUCAGAGAAGCAUGACCGAACUACGGGAACUGGUAGCGCUAGUACUGAUGGCAGUGGUUAUGGAAUGUUUAUUGAUGAAGAUAUGAUAAUAACCGGCGAGAAUACAGUGUACAGUCUCAGUCAAGGAAUCGCCUAUCAUGUGGAUGAAGACGGCAAUUUCUACUACGCAGGUAUGGACCCCUUUCCUGAUGGUGUUGGUCAAGAUGCUCUUCUUGGAGGAGAUAAUUACGACCUUGAGAAUUUAGUGAUUGCAGAAGAAGAGAUGUUCUCUUCGGAAAUCAAUUCAGAUAAUGUGGACCAAGAUGGCAAUAUAGUCAUCAGCGGUUCAGAGGCGUCAUUGUUUCCAGUUGAAAAACUUCCAGAGGCUGGCGAUACUAUUGAGAGCUACAAUAAUAAGCAAUAUUACAAUAUGAAUACGGUAGUUACAGGGACAUCCAUACAGAACGUCAACAAUGUAGAGCUCCAAACGGAUGUUCCUAUUCCUCCACUGUUAGAUACCUCUGAUAGCCAAUUUGGAUUAAAUGCUUUACAAGGAGGCAGUGAGGAAAAUUACGAUGAAUAUAUGUACGAUGGUGAAGGGGAAUCUAUUUCCAAGAUUAAUUCAUUAGGUUUUACUGAAGACGGCGAAAGAGAACUGACUCCACAAGAAAGAAGUAUUUUGUUACAACAUAUUCAACGUUAUGCAUCGGGUAGUAAUACUUCAGGCGACGAAGAUAAUUAUGAAAAGUGUUACAGUACCAUGGACGAAUCUGACAUUCAAAGCAAUGUCUUAGUAGAAGAUGACGAUAAUGAUGUUAGCGAUGUUAUGAUUGAGGAGUUUGACGAAUUAGAUGAAGAAAUGUAUCGCCAGUUGUCUAUGGUUAACUCCUACGGGUACAAUAAUAAUAGCAACCUUGUUGCUCCUUCAUAUUACAGUUAUGAUUUCUUCCAAGGACAAGGCGACUCAUCCUUAACAAAAAGUUCAGGCGAUAUUUACAAUAGUUCAAAUACCAAUCUGUUAUCAAAAAAGAGUAAGCAGGUUGCAACAUAUGCAAGUACGUCGCAUACCUCAGCUCCUGGCAAUUUUAUACCGCCUACAAAAUCUGCCAUCAUGAAUCAAAAUAUGAACAAUACUCCAGAUUCCUACAAUACAACCCCUGCAGUUAUCACUACCAACAGCGAUGUAGAAUCUUCUCUUUUGAGAACUGGUAAUGCACCAGCCAACAGGAUGUCCAAUGUGAAUUCAACGUUAAUGUGGAACUUGGAAAAGGCAGCUCCUGUUAGCACGCGUGGAAGCUCCACUAGUGAUGAGCUAGGGCUGCGUAUUUUACCAAUGUCAGCAGACAAAAAUGCAAAAAGCCAUCGGCACAGUUGGAAAGGUUUAAUGUCAGGCGUUACGAAUCCGAAGAUCUUUAAUCGCUCCACUAAUGUGACUAGAGUAAACAAAAAGAUGCUUGGAGUUAAGAAAAUGACUAUAUCUGGGCCUAUUAGCAGUAAAAAUUCCCUUGGCUGGUCCACGCUAUAA